AUAAAAAUGAAACAUGGGUCUCAUUAUUAGAAAAAGUUUACGCAAAAGCCAAUGGUAAUCAUGAAAACAUUGAUGGUGGUUGGCCUGGAGAAGCGCUCGAAGACUUGAGUGGGACAUUUCUGCUUCAUAUUGGAGUCAUCCCAUCGAAGACAAGGAUAAGUUCUGGAGUACAUUGCGUAAACCAAACACCGAUGUGGUAUUUGAAUGUGCGCACUUCCCACAAUGUAAUUUGGUUAAGCUUGACAAUUUUAGAUUACUUGAAAUCAGGAACCCGUGGGGUCAGUUCGAGUGGAAAGGUCGUUAGAAAGAUCAUGGCGCAGAAUGAAAACCAGAAUACCUCAAAAUUUUAA